UCCUGAAGGUUUUUGGACUCGGCGUGAUGAGUUGCUGGCGUCGGAGGAAGUAAACAGCUCCGGGUCGGAACCCGCAGGGAGGGUGGGGGUUGACUCCGGGAGGCUCCCGAGGUGAGGAGGCCGGGCUUGCGGACAGGGCGUGUCGCGUUUGGAGCCUCCAGUCUGUGUGCGCGCGAGCGGCUGAGAAGGAUGAAGGACCCUGAGGAGGAAGAAAGAAUUGUUGCAUAUUUUGAAAUCAAGGUUCAGCAUUCCAUUGCAUGGAUGUUCUGAAUGCAUUAAGAGGUCAGCUUUUGGGGCUCAGGCAAUUGUACGUCCCAUCUACUCCUGUGUCUUGACCAACUUUCUUCAUCCCCAAGCCCAUGAAGGAUGUUGCGGCUUGGACCAUGUACCUCUUUCGCAGCUCUGAGAGGUGAGAGUAGUGGGAGGAGGCUCCAGUCUGGGCAGCACUCAGUAGACCAACCUCUGGUCUACUGAGGUAGACCGUAUCAGCAUCCCCAGAAUGAGGCGCUGCCAGAAACCUUCCUACUGAAGGACGUUCGGGUUUUAGCUCUGGCUUUUCUGGAUUCUGUGCUUCACCAAUAGAGGAACCCCAUGGAUUAUUAAUUAGUUCUUGCAGUUCUAGAACCAUGACUAAUGGCUUGGUGACUUUCAGGGAUGUGGCCAUCGACUUCUCUCAGGAGGAGUGGGAGUGCCUGGACCCUGCUCAGAGGGACUUGUACGUGGAUGUGAUGUUGGAGAACUAUAGUAACUUGGUGUCAUUGGAUUUGGAGUCAACAUAUGAGAUCAAAAAUAUAAUUUCAGAAAAAGACAUUUUUGAAAUAAAUUUUUCCCAGUGGGAGAGGAAGGAAAGAAGUAAAACUUUUGGCCUUGAGGCAUCCAUUUUUGAAAAUAAUUCUAAGUGCAAAAGCAAAUUUGAGGAACCACAGGGACAUCAAGAGGGAUACUUUAGUCAAAUGAUAAUUAGCUAUGGAAAAAUGCCCACUAGUAGAAAAAGUAAAUCUUUUAGUGCACAUCAAAGAAUUCAUAAUAGAGAGAAACGCUAUGUUUGUAAAGAAUGUGGGAAGGCUUGUAGUCAUGGCUCAAAACUUGUUCAACAUGAGCGAACUCAUACAGCUGAAAAACACUUUGAAUGUAAAGAAUGUGGGAAGGACUUUUUUAGUGCCUAUCAACUCACUGUGCAUCAGAGAUUUCAUACUGGUGAGAAACCCUACAGAUGUAAGAAAUGUGGGAAGACUUUUAGUUGGGGAUCUAGUCUUGUUAAACAUGAAAGAAUCCAUACUGGUGAGAAACCCUAUGAAUGUAAAGAAUGUGGCAAGGCCUUCAGUCGUGGCUAUCACCUCACUCAACAUCAGAAAAUCCAUAUUGGUGUGAAAUCUUACAAAUGUAAGGAAUGUGGGAAGGCCUUUUUUUGGGGCUCAAGCCUUGCUAAACAUGAGAUAAUUCAUACAGGUGAGAAACCUUAUAAAUGUAAAGAAUGUGGGAAGGCCUUCAGUCGUGGCUAUCAACUUACUCAACAUCAAAAAAUCCAUACUGGUAAGAAACCCUAUGAAUGUAAAGUAUGUGGAAAGGCUUUUUGUUGGGGCUAUCAACUUACUCGACAUCAGAUAUUUCAUACUGGCAAGAAACCCUAUGAGUGUAAAGAAUGUGGGAAGACCUUUAAUUGCGGCUCAAGUCUUGUUCAACAUGAGAGAAUCCAUACUGGUGAGAAACCCUAUGAAUGUAAAGAAUGUGGGAAGGCCUUCAGUCGUGGCUAUCACCUCACUCAACAUCAGAAAAUCCAUACUGGUGAGAAACCUUUUGAAUGUAAGGAAUGUGGGAAGGCCUUUAGUUGGGGUUCAAGCCUUGUUAAACAUGAGCGAGUCCAUACUGGUGAGAAAUCCUAUGAAUGUAAAGAAUGUGGGAAGGCCUUUGGUAGUGGCUAUCAACUUACUCGACAUCAGAUAUUUCAUACCGGCGAGAAGCCCUAUGAAUGUAAAGAAUGUGGGAAGACCUUUAAUUGCGGCUCAAGUCUUGUUCAACAUGAGAGAAUCCAUACUGGUGAGAAACCCUAUGAAUGUAAAGAAUGUGGGAAGGCCUUCAGUCGUGGCUAUCACCUCACUCAACAUCAGAAAAUCCAUACUGGUGAGAAACCUUUUAAAUGUAAGGAGUGUGGGAAGGCCUUUAGUUGGGGUUCAAGCCUUGUUAAACAUGAGAGAAUCCAUACUGGUGGGAAAUCCUAUGAAUGUAAAGAAUGUGGGAAGGCCUUUGGUAGUGGCUAUCAGCUUAGUGUUCAUCAGAGAUUUCAUACUGGUGAGAACCCUUAUCAGUGUAUGGAAUUUGGGAAGACCUUUGUUCAUGGCUCAAACCUUGUUCAACAUGAGAGAACUCCUAGUAAUGAUAAGCCUUAUGAAUAUAAAGGAUGUGGGGAAGCCUUUAUAUGGACAACUUACUCAAAUGAGACCGUAAAUACUGGUGAAACUUUAUGAUUAAAGAGGUGAAAGAAAAAUUUUUGUGUGUAUAAACAACAUGAAGAAUCUUAAUCUUGAGAACACUUACGAAUGUAUGGAAUGUGCAAAAAGCCUUACAUCUGUGUGGACAACUUGAUAUCAAAAAUUCAUACUAGUGAGAAAUACUUUGAAUAUAAGGAAUAUGAAAAGGCCUUAGAAUUUUAUACAGUCUUACUGAAUGUCAGUUUGUACUAAUGUGAAAUCAUUUAAAUGUAAGGAAUGUGUGAAGAUCUUUAUUCAUGGCACAAAAGUCUGGUAAACAUUGGGGAAUUUGUACUCAUUAGAAACACUUCAAGGAAUGUAGGAAGAACCGAAACCUAGUUCAGUUUUUGCUGUUCACAUUAGAGAACUCAUACUGCUGUGAAAUUUUAUGAAUGUAAGGAAUUUGGGAAGGCUUACAGAUAUAAAUAUCUUACAGUACAUCAUAGAAUCCAUCCAAAUGAGAAACCCUUCAAAUUGGGAUGUAGGAAGGCCUCUAGACAAGUACUAUUAAAACUGUUGUCUAGAGACUAGUGCCAGCACACGAAAUUGUUACCUGUCCCAUCAUGAGAUGAAUGUGGAAAAUAAGAGUGUUUGGAAACUUAGAGCAAUUUCAUAUUGCCUUAACAUUAUCAUUGUAUUUUAUAAAAGUAUCAGUCAGCUCAUGAAUGAUUACAGGUUUAAAAGUUUGCCCUUCCCAGAAAAAAUUUGAGACAACAUUCAGUUUUUAAAACACGAGACAAGUCACAAUAUAAUUUGAGUAAGAAAUGCUUCACUUGUCACCUGUGAUUAGAAUAGCAGAAUAUUCACACUAUAGGAUUUGGCUAAUAUGUGAGUCACAACUUCCUUAAACCUAUAAAGGCAUAAUUUAUAACAAAUAGUUUUCAUUUAGUGAAGGUAUAGAAGCCUUCCAGCACUAUUCAACCUUUGUUAAACUUUGGAGAAUUCAUCCUAGAGAAUAACCUUAUCAAAUGUAACAAAUGCAGAAGAUCUCUCACACAUGGCGCAAACCAUACUUACAGUCCUCACCAUUCCAUCUCCUUACUACCUGUGGGAUGUUGGGGAAAAUGCUUAUCUCCUCUGGGCAUCAUCUUGAAAAUGAUGGUGAUGGUGAUGGUAACUCUGUUUCAGAGACUGCAUAGAUUUAGUAUGCAUCAGAUCCUUGGAAGAGUAUCUCGAAUGUAGCCUACGCUCAAUCCAUGUUUGUUAUUUUCUUAUUAUCUUCAUCAUUAGUAUUACUACUGGUGAAUUCUUAGGAAAAGGAUGGACAUUGGUGUGAUGCAUUUUGAAAAGCUUCCAUAACCACUCAUCCAUUUGAAUUUCAGAUAGUUCAUUAUGGAUAAAAUCUAGAAAAGCACAAAGAAACUUGAGAGGAUUUUUAUUAAGAGUUUAUCCCUUAAGCUGCAUAAAAAAUGAAGGCCGAAAAGAAAUGUGGAUUAAGUAAAUGUGAAGAUGUUAAGUAGACAGGAAUAUACCCGUUGAAGAAUGAGGGGGAGGUGAAGCAAUUUGCCUUUAAUGAAUUCAAACAGAAGUAGCCAGUGAUUUAAAUUCUCUGCUCACAUUUUGAGAUAAAUUACAAAUUUAAAAGAAACAAAAAAUUGUCUGUUUGGGAAUUCUUUCCCCAAAUUUUAUUAUGACAAAUUUCAGACACUCAGAAAAAUUUAAAGAGCAGUAUAAUAAUAAACAUCCAUAUACUCUAUUUAGAAUCAGUAAUUAUUAACAUUUGAUCAUAUUUGCUUUCUGUCUGAAAUUUAGGUAUGUAUAUGUACACUCACCAUUAUCUUAUGAUGUAUUCUUUCCUGAACAUAUUAGCAUGUAUCUUUUAAGAAUAAGAACAUCCUUUAAUACCAUGGUCGUAGAGAAGAUUAUCAAUAAUUCUGUAAUACUCGUCUAUAUUCACUUCAUAUGUCCCAAAACUUCCAAGGUAUCCUAUUGCUAUUUUCUAACCAGCAUCUUUUCUAUAUUCAGGCAUUGCAUUUGGUUAUCUUGUGUCUAGAUUUUGAUCUUUAUAAGACUUCUUGAAAUGUUAAGGAAGGAAAGCUGUUUUAUAGAAUACCAUGCAUUCUUGAUUUAUUUCUCCCGUCAUGGUGAGAUUUAAUUUGUGCUUCUAUCCUUUGUAUCUCUUAUAAAGUCAAGUUAGAGCCAGAGACCUAAACAUUUUUGGCAAGAAUACCAUAUUUGGUGAUACUUACUUCACAUUGCUAUAUACCAGAAACACAUAAUACCCAUUUUUCUCACUAUUGCUAAUGCUAAGUUUGGUCAUUUGAUUAAGACAGAGACUGCUAGGG